AUGUGGAGAACCUCCUACAGAGCAUUUCCCGCCGGCAGGCGGCCACAGCUCGCCAGCGAGUCGCCCGCGUCCAAGCGCAUCGUGCCCGUUGCCGAGUUCGUCAAGCACAACCGGCCCGACGACUGCUGGGUGGCCAUCCGGGGCCAGGUCUACGACAUGACCGAGUUCCUGCCCCAGCACCCGGGCGGCCAGUCGCCCAUCAUCCGGUACUCCGGCCACGACGCCACCGAGCUGUACGAGCAGCUGCAUCCCAAGGGCACGAUCGAGAAGAACCUGCCCCGGGACAAGCACCUCGGGCAGCUGGACGGGCCCGCGCCGACGCUGGAGGUGGCCGAGGACGAGUCCGAGGAAGAGCGGCUCGAGAACGUGGCCAACAUGCCGAACGUCAACGAGGUGAUGAACCUGCACGACUUCGAGUACAUUGCGAAGAAAAUCCUGCCGAAGGGCGCGUGGGCGUACUACUCGUCCGGCGCCGACGACGAGGUGAGCAUGCGCGAAAACCACUACGCGUACCAGCGGAUAUACUUCCGGCCGCGCGUGCUGGUGGACGUGAGCACGGUGGACACCAGCACGACGCUGCUGGGCACGCCGACGUCGGUGCCGUUCUACGUGAGCGCGACGGCGCUCGCGAAGCUGGGCCACCCGGACGGCGAGUGCUCCAUCGCGCGCGGCGCGGGCAAGGAGGGCGUGAUCCAGAUGAUCUCGACGCUGUCGUCGAACUCGCUCGAGGAGAUCGUCGCGGCGCGCGUCCCCGGCGCGACGCAGUGGUUCCAGCUGUACGUGAACGAGGACCGCAACGUGGCGUUUGAGAUGGUGCGCAAGGCGGAGCAGCUCGGCAUCAAGGCCAUCUUCGUCACCGUGGACGCCCCGAGCCUCGGCAACAGAGAGAAGGACGCCCGCGUGAAGUUCGAGGGCGAGUCGGAGGUGCAGAAGAGCAACGACGUCGUCCGCAGCAAGGGCGCCUCGCGCGCGCUGUCGUCGUUCAUCGACACGCGGCUCACGUGGGACGACGUGAAGAAAAUCAAGCAGAUCACCACGCUGCCCGUGCUGAUCAAGGGCGUGCAGCGCGUCGAGGACGUGGUGCAGGCGGUGGACGACGGGUUCGACGGCGUCGUGCUGUCGAACCACGGCGGGCGCCAGCUGGACACCGCGCCGCCGCCCGUCGAGCUGCUGGCGGAGGUGGUGCCCGAGCUGAAGCGGCGCAACAAGCUGCGGCCCGGCUUCGAGAUCUUCGUCGACGGCGGCGUGCGCCGCGGCACCGACAUCCUCAAGGCGCUGGCCCUCGGCGGCCAGAACGUGCGUGUGGGCGUCGGUCUCGGGCGGCCGAUCCUGUACGCCAACUCCGCAUACGGCGAGAACGGCGUGCGCAAGGCCAUCCAGCUGCUCAAGGACGAGCUCGAGAUGGACAUGCGGCUGCUGGGCGUGCGCAACCUGCGCGAGCUCGACGAGACCUUUGUCGACACGAGGCGCCUGCUUGGCCGCGACGCCCCCGACGAGCUGUACAACCAGCUGUACAGCCCGCUCAAGACGGUCAAAUUUAGAAACGAAUAG